AUGUUAGUCAUCGCUCUAUAUAUUCCAUUGGCUGCUGUUAAAGCUCUGGAGUUGGCAGCUGUCAUAUACUGCACUUUUGAAAAUGUUCAAGGCUCUAUGAUUGACUGCCAGUAUCCAGAUGGAUACAUUUCUAGCGAAAAUUUUAAGCUCAUUGCUCAUGCUGUGAUUCCCCGUGCUGAUUUAACUGACCAACCGAUAGUCAUUGCCGAAUUCGGGCAUUUUAUCAUUGGGUUCCCGCAACGCAUCGAGGGAACCCAGUACUCAAGAAACACCCUCCUUUUCAAUCUGUGUUUCGUUGUUCAUUCACGCGACAUUCAAUGGCAACACUGUGACCUUACUGGACAGGAUUUUCCUCUCGAUCAUGAAAACCUUAGUAAUGGGCUUCAGCCCGCCCUGCAAUCGGCCUACGAACUUACCGUCCGGAAGAUUAAUCGGUAUUUAGCGUACAUGGAAGAGGAAAAUGCUGCGUUGUCACGGGACACUAUCAAGAGGGCCGUUGAUGGGAGCGAGGAGAUACUGAUACAUCGAUUUCUUCGUCAAAUUUUCACCGAUCUACGGGAAAAGGGACUUUGCGUUACCAGCUUAAGUGACGAUCUUCCACCGCUUUAUCUAAUUUUCGCUCCGCGAGCGGUGAACAACUCAGUGUCAACCUGUUUCAUCCCCACUGAAGCUGAAUUGCCUGCUGAUUUGUGUACCCCUACGGACGGGCCGGAGGAAACUGGAGACUCUGAAGCACCGAUCGGGGGUAGUGAUGUUUGGCGAUGGGUGCCUUCUGUUCUCGAAGACAGCACUACCGCCGUCACUGAUGCCACCAUUUUUGUGCGAGUCCGUCCCAUUCUCACCUCCCUUGGCAACCACCUCAUAUAUGUGUUGGAGCCGCAGGAUGACGACAACCUCUCCACUUCCUUCUGGGAGACGCGAGACCUCGUUUCUAGUCGUCUCUUGCCCUUGGUCAACGGCCAACGCACUGUCGCGCAGGUUGCCGGUCUAGCCAAUGUGGACCGGAGUAUUGCGAGGCUCUGCCUUACUCAGCUAGCUCAGUUGGGCGUAGUCCAUGUUGUGUCAGCCCCCAUCUUCUUCCAUUCCUCUAUCACGGGUAACAAUAUCUGUUCAAAUGACGGGGAACUCUUUGCCGUACCUGGAUACGUGGGACUACCAAGGCUCUUACGUCUGGCUGUUGACGUUAAGUUGAGAGAUGCCUGUUUUGAGUCGGUGCUAUCGUUAGCGACCAAACGGCGCCGUCUUCACAUCACCGAUCCACACGGUCUAGUCAUGAAGAUUUUGCAAGUCUACUCUAAACUCUGCGCCUCACCCUAUCUCAAUCUUGCCUUCCUCUUGGCUUCUACACAGUCUUUCGUAGAGCUUCAACUUCCUCCAUGCUUUCAUUCGAAUGCAACCAGGAGUUCUACCUUACCCUGCCUCAAUCUCCUUUGUCUAGUCCAGUUCGGAGAGGUGAAUAACCUAAUUCACCGUCUGCAUUGUUACCCGAUUAGUGAAGCACUCUCACCCAUGGCCUCCAACGCGAAUUCUAAUGCGGAGGUAAGAGCUUGGAAUCUUCUGCAGGACCGAAUGAUGGAUGGGGUACAGUCAGUGGACGAUCUGGUCUAUGAAGCUUCUGCUUGGGCUGUCAAGUCUUCCCUUCUGAAACCAACUAAUCACCUUAAUGACGGGCGUUCCUGUGAUCGGCAGACAGCAAGUGCGAAGACAACGACACUCCCAGAUGCUGUGGUGGCGUUCACGGCGAAGUUAUUGAAAGAGAAACAGGAGACUGAUGAUAACGCUGCUGGGAGGAGACACAACACAAUUUUAUCGGAGACGAACCGGGCGGAAGGCUUUUCGUCGGAGUCGGCGAGUGUUCCUAUGAAUAGCGGGAGGAAGAACAAUCCGUAUCGACCUCCUGAAGAUGUGGAGGCUCGCUUGAAAUUAAUUGCUAGACGCACUCUCCCCACAUUCACAGACUCAAAUGACUCUUUCAAAUUUCCCAGCCGCCAAUCUAAGGUUAAGUUUUUGAAGGCUUGUAUGCAAGAAUUCAACCACACAAUACCCUCUAGCUUUUUACACGAGCUCGAGGAUUUGAAAGGAGUGAAAGAUUACUUUCUGAAAGCUGUUGAGCCGGAGGAUAAACUAAUUGCAAUGCUUGAAGAACAUUCAAGAUUGUCCAACUUACCCCAAAACCUCGUUAUACAAGUUGAUCCCAUUCGAUACAACCCCGACGACAAAUCCUUCUUCUCUACUUCACCAUUUCCCGGGAGGUCCACUAUAGUCAGUGGCCUGGACACUAGCAAAAAGUACCCGUCCCAUAAAGCUUCGAAAAGCCGGCGGCUGUGGAUCGAUGCAGAGGACCUAGUGUAA